UCCUAUUUAACGCGAACCCGGUUCGAUUUUUCUGCAUCAAUUCGCUGUCGCCCUCCUGACAUGAAAGUUACUCUCGACUUCGAAAUGAUGCCACUCCGUCGCUACGCCACCCCUCAGCCUUGUCCGGAUACCGAUGUUGCCCCCCAAAGUUCACGUAGAGCCUCAGGAGACGAUAGAAGCCAAACCCCUCCCCCGAAUCCUGAUUUGAGGUGUUCCAAACUACUAUUGACGCCGAGCCGUCCUAAAUUCCUUCUCGUGCUUCUAACAAUUCUGGUCUUUAUCGCGUGUUUUGCACCCACCGCGAAUGCGAAAGCUGGAUUUAAUGUCAGCGUCGGCAUCCCGCCUCCAUCCAAUCGCAUGGAGGCUCGACGACGCGAACUGCUCAAGAUGCGCGAACACGUGACUCAACUCAAGUCGCGCGUGGAAGAUCUUCGUGUCUCGUUGAGGUUGAGGAUCGAGAAGAUGGAGUCUUGUCGGGAGAUUUUGGCCGUUAACGUUGGAGAAUCUGUGUUGCGGGACACGAAGGUGGCACAGGAUAAUUUGAAAGAAUUUAUGAAGUGUGUCGAGGACCUCGUCCCCCUCUAAUUUUUUUGGGUUCUAGAGAGGGGAUUUAUUGACUUAUGGCUAUUUCCUUGGUCUUUUAUUUUGGGUUUAUCUCACCAUCACUUCGUUCAGUCAUUAGACAAUCUGCCACCUAAUCGUUGCUUCCCGAACAUCAGAAUAUUUUGUACGAGCUAAUCCGAAUCAAUUGGAAUAAUUU